UCGCGCGCAGGCUCGAGUAGCUAACCGCCUCGGCUUUUGCAAGAGUUGCGGAGGCUCCGCGAGCUGAGGUUGCAACCUCUUGCUCGACUUCCUCCUCGUCCCGGGCAGCCGGCUGAGUCUGGUCCGACUGUGUCCGACUGGUCAGGCGGAGGCAGAGGCGCGGCAGGGCGUGAGGGGCCGCUGCCUCGCAGGCGCCCGGGCCCGCCUGCGCCUUUGCAGCGUGCUCCAUGCAUCCGGAGCCCGCCCCGCCCCCGAGCAGCAACAGCCCGGAGCUUCCCCUCAGCGGCGGCAGCACCACCAGCGGCAGCCGCCGGAGCCGCCGCAGCGCGGACGGGGAGCCCCCGGGGUCGCCGCCGCCGCCGCCGCCGUCGGUCACCUACCCGGACUGGAUCGGCCAGAGUUACUCAGAGGUGAUGAGCCUCAACGAGCACUCGAUGCAGGCGCUGUCCUGGCGCAAGCUGUACUUGAGCCGCGCCAAGCUCAAAGCCUCCAGCCGAACCUCGGCUCUGCUCUCCGGCUUCGCCAUGGUGGCCAUGGUAGAGGUGCAGCUGGAUGCUGACCACGACUACCCUCCGGGACUGCUCAUCGCCUUCAGCGCCUGCACCACAGUGCUGGUGGCCGUGCACCUGUUUGCACUCAUGAUCAGCACUUGCAUCCUGCCCAACAUCGAGGCGGUGAGCAACGUGCACAACCUCAACUCGGUAAAGGAGUCACCUCACGAGCGGAUGCACCGCCACAUCGAGCUGGCCUGGGCCUUCUCCACUGUCAUCGGUACGCUGCUUUUCCUGGCUGAAGUGGUGCUGCUCUGCUGGGUCAAGUUCUUGCCCCUCAAGAAGCAGCCGGGCCAGCCUCGGCCCACCAGCAAGUCCCCACCAGGCAGCGCAGUCGGCCAAGGCAACAGCACCAGCCCCGGUGGCAUCACCCCGGGCCAAGCUGCUGCCAUAGCCUCCACCACCAUCAUGGUCCCCUUUGGCCUGGUCUUCAUCGUCUUUGCUGUGCACUUCUACCGCUCCCUAGUCAGCCACAAGACAGACCGACAGUUCCAGGAGCUCAAUGAGCUGGCCGAGUUUGCCCGUUUGCAGGACCAGUUGGACCAUAGAGGGGACAACCCCCUUACCCCCAGUGGCCACUAUGCCUGAGUCUUUCCAGACCCAGGCACUUCAGAGCUUUGGCCUUAAGCCCUUCCCCAUGACCUUGACCUGCCUGGCCUCAAAGACAGCCUGCAGCCAGACUGGACUUUCACCAGCAGGCAGAGUGGAGGGAAGAGGCUGUUUUUGUUUUUGUUUUUUAAAGAGAAAUUAACUGCACUUUGAAGCUUUCCUCUGAGAAUAAGCACUUCUUGUUGUUCCAGCUCCAGGCUCACCUCCUAAGAGGAGAUUCCGGUGGGAGCCAGAGCAGGGACAAAUGAUCCCUUUGUCUCUUCUCAUCCUCGCCCCCUCGCCCCCCGCUCCAGUGCCACCUGGAUGCUUCCUGUCUCUUCCAUCCUGACCCCCUUCCUGUUCAGUGUUGAGUGUGUGCAUGUGUGUGUGAACACAAAUAUACUCAUAAGGGAC